ACGUUCUCUUAGCCAAUGGGGCCUCGCGGCUGGCUGGCAGGGCUUGCCAUUGGGAGACCGGGAUGCGAGCGUGUGGAGCGCCAGGGGGGAGGAAGCGGAGGUGCAGGUCGGAGAGGCCGGGCUAGCCGAGCCCAUUGCGGGAGUAGCAGCAGCGGCCAGGCAGCAUCGAGCAGCGUGCCAGGCGGCCCAGCCCGUUGCUUUACUUUUUGCUGCACCAACGUAGUCAUUAUGCCGAAGAGAAAGUCUCCUGAGAACACAGAGGGCAAAGAUGGAACCAAGCUAACGAAGCAGGAGCCCACGAGACGGUCGGCCAGAUUAUCAGCGAAACCCGUUCCACCAAAACCGGAGCCUAAACCAAGAAAAACAUCUGUUAAGAAAGAACCUGGAGCCAAGAUUAGCAGAGGUGCUAAGGGGAAGAAGGAAGAAAAGCAGGAAGCGGGAAAGGAAGGUACUGCACCAUCUGCAAAUGGUGACACUAAAGCUGAAGAGAUCCACGUCUCUCGUUCAACUGUUAAUGUCUCAGCCUGCAGAAGUCCCCCACCCAGCACACUGUCAGUAAAGGGGCAGACUGAAACAGUGAGAGUUAAGGGCACAGAAAACUGAAUCUAUAGAUAACGAGGGAGAAUGAAUUGUCAUGGAAAACUAGGGUCGAUUUCACGUACCUCUUGGGACAACUUUUAAAAGCUAUUUUUACCAAGUAUUUUGUAAAUGCUAAUUUUUUAGGACUCUAUUAGUCGGCAUAAAAACUAUACGAAGAUGGACAUUUUAUCCUCUUACGGUGAUGUUUUUUGGAAAUUUCCAUCAUCCUCAAGUCAAGCGAAUACCAAUUUAAUAUCGGAGCUGCGUGUGAAAUGGACUCAGCAUUCCAUGCCCUUGCUUUAAAAUUUUAGUCCUGUGCAGACUGUGGUGUUUUUACUGUGCAUAUUUGAAUUUUUCAUGCAAUUUUUCUAGAGCAAUAAUCAGUGGUGCUUAUGUGCCUAGGAUUUAUGUGAUUUUAAUGAAAUAUGGAUAGUUGUGGCCACCUGCUGAGUAUUUGUGGUUUAAAAUAAAAAUGGUUUUCUUGUCUGCAAAAUA